UGCGGCGCCUCCCCUGCCCGCGCACUGCGGAGAAUCCUCGCACGGCAAUAGCAGGCAGAUAAUAACAAUAUUAUUAGAGCCUGGGACCCAUAUAUUAUAGACACAUAAAAAAAGCCCACCAUGUCGGUUGCCUUUGCUUCUGCUCGCCCGAGAGGCAAAGGGGAGGUGACCCAGCAAACUAUCCAGAAGAUGUUAGAUGAAAAUCACCACCUAAUACAGUGUAUUAUGGAUUAUCAGAGCAAGGGGAAAACUGCAGAAUGUACUCAAUACCAACAAAUCUUGCACAGAAACCUUGUUUACUUGGCAACAAUAGCAGAUUCUAACCAGAAUAUGCAGUCCUUGCUUCCUGCUCCACCAACGCAAAACAUAAACUUGGGCCCAGGAGGAAUGACUCAGAGUGCAUCCAACCAGUCUCUUCAUUCACAGAGCAAUCUCAGUGAUGCAAUCGGGACGGGCCUUCCUCCUUCCUCCCUCAUGCAGAGUCAGAUUAGCAAUGGUCCAAACCACGUGCCUAUGCAGCAGUCAGGCCAGAACACAAUGCCCACAACCUCUCUGAGUAUGAGUGUCAGCAGUCACGGAACUGGGCCUGGUUAUAGCCAUACAGUGCCUGCAUCUCAGAAUGUGCCAAUGCAAGGCCAGGGCUCGAUAGGCAAUUACGUCUCUCGAACAAACAUCAACAUGCAGUCUAACCCAGUCUCCAUGAUGCACCAGCAAGCAGCAACGUCACAUUACAACUCGGCACAAGGAGGGAGCCAGCAUUACCAGGGGCAGUCCUCCAUUGCCAUGAUGAGCCAGAGCAACCAGGGCAACAGCAUGAUGGGUCAGCGACCGAUGGGCCCCUACAGAGCUUCCCAGCAAGGUUCCUCACAGCAGUACAUGGGUCAGGAGGAAUACUACAGUGAGCAGUACAGUCAUGGACAAGGCUCAUCAGAACCUAUGAAUCAGCAAUAUUAUCCAGAUGGACAUGGUGACUAUGCCUAUCAGCAGUCAUCCUACACUGAGCAGAGCUAUGACAGGUCAUUUGAUGACUCCACACAACACUAUUAUGAAGGAGGAAACUCUCAGUACAGCCAGCAGCAGGCAGGAUACCAACAAGGAGCUGCACAACAGCAAACAUAUUCCCAGCAGCAAUACCCGAAUCAACAAAGUUACCCAGGACAACAGCAAGGAUAUGGUCCUGCACAAGGAGCAUCUUCACAGUAUUCCAGCUACCAACAGGGACAGGGGCAGCAAUAUGGGAGUUACAGAGCUUCUCAGACAGGACCAUCCGCUCAGCAGCAGAGGCCUUAUGGCUACGAGCAGGGACAAUAUGGAAAUUACCAGCAAUAAAAGAAUAUGAUCCUGUGUCAGAUUCAUUUCAAUAGUAUUUCCAUCUUUUGAACUGGAUGUGCCGGCAGUUUUGAUUAAUUGUAAUAUGUUGGUUACCCCUUAGCACAAAGCAGCGUCUGUAUGUGAACAGUGUUCAUUUCAUGCUGGAUAUGAAGCAGUGCACUACUGGUAACAAGACAAUGCUUUAAUGGUUUGAUAUUUGGUGCUGUGUAUAGUACUGUAUGUUGAUACAACGCAGAAGUUUUUAAUUUUCCCCCCAUUCUUGAUGUUUCUAAAUAGCUUUAGGAUCAUUUGAUCACAGUUGUGCCCCGUUCUGACAAAAUGCCAGGUUAUUCUGCACUCUAACUAAAUACGAAGCCAUUCAGUCAUAUCUCAGUCCAGGAAAGUGUCCUAUGGUAAGUUAUCAACUUUUUUAAAACUAAAUGUAUUGCAGGUUACCUGCCAGCCUCUGAAAUCCAUGGCUCUUCACUUCUUAAGCAUAAGGGAAAGGUUUCAUUCCUUAUGUGAAGACAGCUCCAUGCUAUAAAAAUAAAAUUGACUGCAAUCUCUGCAGUACCUACUGGGCAAACUACCCAGGUCUUAUCAUUCAAUGAUCUGCGUAGGUCUAUUAUUUCUGUUGUAAAAGGAACAGAAAGAUGAUCAAAACCUAUAUUCAAGGAAAUGUUAAUCACUAGUGGCACCUUUUAUAUAUCCAUGUAAACAAAGGUAUUUCUGUCAUGGAAAGAAAAACAGAAGGAAGUUCAGAGAUCUGCAGUGCAUCCUCCUGGAUGUCAGUAUUGCUACAUGCGGUGCUGAGAAAACAUCUGGCACCCUUUCAGUCUUGAAUAUGCUACUCCAAAUGUUGUAACUUGCACACACAUUUUCAUGCCAAAUUCCACAGGCAGGUGGCUGGCAUCCUUCUUUAUUUCUGAUUCUCCCAUAGCCCUUACUGAAGUUUUCCAGCAAGAAUUAUAAGCAUAAAUACUGUCUCUUUUUUUAUUGUUGUUGUUGACUGUAUUUAUGCUUCUUGACAGCAUUUUUUCUCUUUAGCUUAACAGAAAUAGUUCAGAAAUAGAGAUUUUUAUUUAUUUAUUUAUUUAUUGGUGGCAGAAAAGCAACCAAAUUCAGCUUUGAUUGUGGAACAAUAUUCUGAGUACAGAAUAUCGAUAGAGGGAGAAUCUAGAAACGUGAACUAGAGGUGUGUUAAAGCCAGUAUGACCAUCUGGAGUUACUUCCAUGUCCCUGUAGAGUGUUGAAUGAAGCCCUUAUGAAGUGCUUCUGUAACUGACAAAUGAAAUUACACGUUCAAAUUUCUCUGUGGUGAGAGUAGGGUGGUUAUAAGCAACGAGCAGUUUUUAAUAGGAGAUUAACUGGACGUUUAUGCUGUAAAUUUACCUUUUGCUGUAGGAUUUCUGUUUGUUGAAACUGGUAUACUUGCAGGAUUUUGAGUUCUAGCACUUUGUGUUUUGAAAAACCAAGACCACGGUAAAACAGAAGAUCUCUCCCUUCAGUACGUCUAUUCCUGUAGAGAAAAGUCUGUAAGUGGACAGUUUGCUAUGGGAUGUUGUCCAAGCACUGCCCUUGCAACAUUACUGCUUUCAUUACUGAUAAAACAAGGCGUUUUCAGCCCGUCCUCAUUUCAUUCAUCUUUCCUGCUGGUGUUUUCAUACAAGUAAGUACUCUCAAAUAUCAAGGAAAGGAAAGGAAGUAGGUUUGUUUUCUUUACGCUAUGUUAAUAUCACAGGUAGGCAGAGUGCAACAUUGCUCUCGGCCGGCCUCCCCCAUGGCUUUUGAAAGUGCUGAAAUCCUUUGGAGAGAAUACGAACAACACUUGGAACGAAGCAGCAACAUCCCACCACCCUGAAAUGUCUUACAUUAAGAACUUCUUGAAUGUUGUGUAUAUAAUGUAUUUGAAAGAGCACUUUGGAAAUAGUUUGUACAUUUAUUUCCUAAUUUAUACAUGAUUUUGGUGUUAAUAUUUCUAACUGUUAAUAACAAAAAUGUUUAUUUAAUGUGUUGUCCAUUUUUAUGUAUCGAUGUGGAAACGACGUGAUGCCAGCAUUUUGACUUCUUUCAUUAACUGUAACCAUUUUCUGUUUUGUAAUACAGAAUGCUUGGAAAUUGUUUAGGUUAAACGUUAUCUGAAAGCGAAGUUGGUGGUGCUUUUCUUACGGCGCAGACUGAGGGGAUCCCCCUCACAGCGCACUGACGGGACGCGCGCC